GUGUGAGAACGUCCAAGGGAGGUGUUGGUAAACAUGGCUAACCGCACCGUGAAGGACGCUCAGUCCAUCCAUGGCACAAACCCACAGUAUUUAGUCGAGAAGAUUAUAAGAACCAGAAUAUACGACUCUAGAUACUGGAAGGAAGAAUGUUUUGCCCUCUCAGCGGAAUUACUAGUCGACAAGGCAAUGGCCCUCAGGUGUAUUGGUGGUGUGUAUGGUGGCAAUAUCAAACCAACACCAUUCCUAUGUCUUGUUCUGAAGAUGCUACAGAUCCAACCUGAGAAGGACAUCAUUAUCGAAUUCAUCAAACAAGAUGAAUUUAAGUAUGUUCGUGCUUUGGGGGCAUUUUACCUGAGGCUCGUAUAUGGAUCAUUGGAUUGCUACAAAUACUUGGAACCUCUUCUUAAUGACUAUAGGAAGCUACGCAUUAUGGAUCGUUCUGGCCAGUACCAACUUGCUCACAUGGAUGAAUAUAUUGAUAGUUUAUUAAGAGAUGAACGUUCAAAUGAUGUGAUUUUACCCAGAGUUCAAAAAAGAUGGAUUCAUGAAGCUAACAAUGAGCUUGAAGGUCGCGUAUCCUUAUUAGAUGAUGAUUUGGAUGACCUCGAGAGUGAAAGUGACGAAGAGGAAAUCCUUCCUCCGCCAAGGCCAAGAAAUGAUCCAGUAGAGCCAACACGAACGGCACUUAGGGAUGAUCGGCAUGGCAGAGGCCACUCUCCCUCUAGACGAUCCCCACAGCGAGAUUUACGAAAUGACAGAGAAAGAGAAAAGAGGCAUCGCAGUAGAAGUCGUUCACGGGAGAGAGAUCGAGGAAUGGAACGAGAAAGAGGAAUGGAUAGAAUGGAACGUGAUAGAGGAAUGGACAGAGAGAGGGGAAUGGAUAGAGAUAGAGGAAUGGAUAGAGAGAGAGGAAUGGAAAGAGAAAGAGGUAUGGAAAGAAUGGAACGAGAAAGAGGAAUGGACAGAGAAAGGCUAAUGGAAAGGGAAAGAGCUAUGGAACGGGAUAGAAUCGUGGAGCGUGAAAGAGGGAUGGAAAGAGAAAGGAAAAGACAUCGCAGCAGAUCAAGAGAAAAACGUCAUCGAUCUAGAUCUCGAUCUCCAGGUCAUCAUCCGCACCAUCACCGAGAAAGAGGUCGUGGAGGAGAAAAGGAACGUGAACAUCGUCAUAGUGAGCGUGUAGAGAGAGAGCAUGGUAAGGAGCGAAAUAGGGACAGAGAAAGGGAUCGCGAUCGUGGAGAACGCAAAGAGAAACAUCAUCGCAGUGGUCGUAGCAAACGAGAUAACAUUUUGGGGAUGAGUAGAGAAGAGCUGGAAAUUGCAGAAGCAAAUGCUCUUAGGGCUCGUUUGGGAAUGCCACCUCUACGUCUUUAAAAUAAAAUGUUAAAUAUGAUUUUUUCUAAUCAUUUAUGUAAAUAAAAAGAACUGCUGGUGUGAAAUUGUUAGUUUAAACAAUUAAAGACUAUAUGCUAAUUUUCAAAAAUUAAAUACAGUACUGAAGUAACCUGUAAUUUGUAGAAAUAUGACAAGGCUGUAUAAUAAAAAGUUUGGACUUAUUUAGUAAAUAUUUUUUGUUCUCUUCUUAUUGUGAAAAUGCUUGUUAUACUGUACUGUAUGUGAAAGAAAUUUUUUAUAAAAUAGUUUUCAUGUAUGCUGCUUGACUCGACUGAAUUGUUUCUAUCGUACAAGGUAAGAAUGACAUGACAAGGCAAAAUAGAGUUUAGCAAAAUGAAUUCCACUACGAUAUAAAUGUCUGGUUAGUAUUUAUAUUUGUUAGUAAACUUUAUCAAACAAACCAUAUUCUUAUCUGUGCCUCUGAAACAACUGUAACAUUCAUAGAUGUAAGAGUGAAGAUUUAAAUCAAUACAAAAAAAAUUGUAUUUUACGAAAUACUUUAUACAGUACAUCAAA